AUGAUACAGUCCAAACUGUAUGUGUUUGGUGGAAUGAAUGUUGCCGCAAAAUGUUUAGAUGAUCUGUGGGUGUUCGACUUGAACACAGAAGGAUGGAAAGAACUGACUCCUGUCAAUAAACCACCCGAUCUCUCUGACUUUGGACCUUGCAUGUGUUCUGCUGCGUCAACACCGGGUCAGUUGCUUGUUACAGUAACAUGUGAUAUGCAUAAUUACUAUGGAGCCAACAGUUGCAAAUACCAUCUUACAAUGAAAACGUGGAUGUUCAUUGUACACCUUAAACUGUGGCAUCUUAUAGACUUUACUCAAGGAAAUGAUAACGAUAAACAUAGAUAUUCGAUAGAAAAUGGAAUUGUCUACUGGAAAGGAUUUCUUCUCAUGUAUCACUCGUACGAAGUAAACAUCAAAUAUUUGGCAGUCAGAUGUCCAGCCGGAUUUACCUCAUCCAACAUAUCUGACCAACCUUGCACUUUUUGCAAAAAGGGAUUCUACAGAGAGACCAUAUUUUCUGAUUCAGAUUGUUUUGCAUGUCCAAACGGCCUAACGACCAUUAACGUUGGCGCUCGCAACAUCACAGAGUGCACCGUCUGCGACGUAAAUCCCUGCAAAUACGGCAAGUGCGUACCUAAUUUUAGCGAAAAUACUUUGCGACCUGUCUGCCAAUGUUACGUCGGCUACACCGGUUCUGCAUGCCAAUAUCCUACUUACUACUUAAUAGUAGCAGGACUCAUUUUGUUUGCUGUGUUUGUCUCAGCGGGCGUUACUGCCUAUUUAUUAAUGCUAAAAAGAAAAACCUUGAACGAGCGUGCUUUGCGAAGAGAAGUAGUCGCAUUGACUGACGUCUGGCAAAUUGAUGAGAAUGAGAUGACGUCUCAAGAGAUGAUUGGAUGCGGAGCAUCCGGAUCCGUUUACAAAGCUCUCUACAGAGAUAUCACUGUGGCUGUAAAGAAGAUGGUGGCUGUCGGUUUUCCCAAAUCUAUAGAAGAUUUCGAGACAGAGAUAAUGUUUAUGAGAACUGUAAGACACAAGAAUAUCGUUCUCUUCAUUGGUGCAGGAAAGUCACAACCUGGAGACGUUCCUUUUCUUGUCAUGGAAUAUAUGGAGAGAGGAUCUCUAAGAAAUGUACUAUACGAUGUAUCAAUUGAUAUCAACCAUGAGCGUAAAAAUGCCAUGGAUUCAGCAAGAGGUAUGCAUUUUCUUCACACAUUGGAACCGCCUCGAAUACAUCGAGAUCUGAAAAGCGAUAAUCUUCUGGUAAGCAAACACUGGAUUGUUAAAGUGGCUGAUUUUGGGUUGGGGAGGGCCGUUACCAAUGAUCUCAGAAGAAACGACAGACAGAAGAUAGAACGUCAAAGUAGUUCUGACCCGGGACAUAUUCCACUAAUUCCUCUACUUUCAAAAAGAGGGAACCUUUCGUUCGCUGGUGUUGGAACUGCAAGGUGGCGAGCUCCAGAGUUGACUCUACGACGGGCCUACCAUACUGCAGUAGACGUAUACAGUUAUGGAAUUGUGUUGUGGGAAACAUGGACAAGGCAGCUUCCCUUUGAUCAAUACAAUUUCGACUAUGAAGUAACAGAUGCGGUGAUUGACAAAGAACGACCAGAAAUUCCUCGAGAUUGUUCACAGCCAUUGGCCAUGAUUAUGAAGAAAUGUUGGUCUUCAGAACCGUCAAACAGACCAACAUUUGGCCAAGUUAUUUUGCAACUUCAGACUUUAUAG